AUGAGUACCGACAAAUCCAGCUCUAAGGCACCGUCAUCUCACAUGCCAGAUGUGAUUGAAAAGCAAGCCAUCGAUGGAUCAGCGAGCUCUAGUUUUGACGACACGAGCAAUGAGAGCGGGCUGGUAGAGGGCGACUAUGGAUCACAAGGAGGUCAUAUCUUUGAAGAUGAGCAAGUCGCCAGUUAUUGGAGAGGUGUUUAUGAGAAGGCAACGUAUGAGGGAAGACAUCGUUUUGAUCCUUCUUUUAAGUGGACUGCCAAGGAGGAAAAGAAACUCCUUCGCAAGAUUGAUUGGAGGAUCAUGUCAUGGACUUGGAUCAUGUUUUGCGCCCUAGACUUGAACCGCAGAAACAUCAAUCGUGCUAUCAGCGAUAACAUGCUCGAUGACCUCGGUAUGAAUACCAAUGAUUUCAACUAUGGACAAACUAUAUUCCUAGUAUGCUUUCUAUCUGCGGAACUUCCUAGUGGUCUCAUCAGCAAGAAAGUAGGACCAGAUAGAUGGAUCCCCUUUAUCAUUGUCUCUUGGUCGUUAGUCAGUGCUUCUCAGGCUGGCCUUUCUUCGAAAACCGGAUACUAUUUGGUUCGAGCUCUUCUAGGCAUUUUCAUGGGAGGGUUUAUCCCAGAUGCUGUUUUAUAUAUGACUUAUUUUUAUAAAUCUAAAGAGCUGCCAAUUCGGUUAGCAUGGUUUUGGACAGCCAUCAGCACAUGUAACAUCAUUGGCUCAUUCCUAGCGGCGGGUAUUCUUAAGAUGCGCGGGAUUCGCGGAUGGGGUGGUUGGCAAUGGCUGUUCUUGAUCGAGGGGACCAUUACCUUUAUCAUUGGAUUUGCCAGUUGGAUAUUGAUGCCCCCAGGGCCUACGCAGACAGCAAACUGGGCUAGGGGGAAAAAUGGUUGGUUCUCGGAAAAAGAGGAACUUAUUCUAGUUAAUCGACUUUUGCGCGACGAUCCAUCCAAAGGUGACAUGCAUAACAGACAAGCGGUUGGCCCUGUCAAACUGUUGAAAUCGCUCAAAGACUACGAUUUAUGGCCUAUCUUGGCAUCCUUGUCUAUAUUCCUGCACAACCUCCCGGAACAUCGUAGAGGAAAUAAGACUCUCCUCGGCAUAUGUUGCUUCAAUAUUGUCCUGUUUUGGAUCAUCAAAGGUUAUUACAUCAAACGAAAUGCAAGACGUACAAGAGUUUGGGAAGCAAUGUCAAGAGGUGAACAGGCGGAGUACAUAGAAACCACAAAAGAUGAGGGUAUGAAGAGAUUGGAUUUUAGAUUUGUGCAUUAG